UGUAAAAAGCUCCUUGCCCUUUUAACGAACUGAAAAGUCGACGCCGGUAACAGUAGUACAUUGACUAGCCGCUGAAGGAAACCAAGCACUGCGCGGGGCAGAGACUAAAACACUUCCGAGAUCUGCUCUCUCUCGCAUGCCUCCGAUUAUUGUGAAGUAAAAAAAAAAUGGCAGAAGAUAAGGAAUCCGCGUCGGGCUCGCUGAGUCAAGGCCUAACUCAUGACCCGGACGAUGCUCCAAAAUCUCCUCCUAACUCACCCAAUUCCUCUACUCGCAAGGCCUGUUAUGCUGUCCUUCAGAGUUGGGUCUCAAAGAAGUUCAUGACUGGAUGCAUGGUUCUGUUUCCUGUAGCUGUUACAUUCCUAGUGACAUGGUGGUUUAUUCAGUUUUUUGAUGGUUUCUUCAGUCCAAUUUAUGUCAGGCUUGGUAUUGACGUAUUUGGCCUCGGUUUUAUUACAUCCCUACUGUUUAUUUUCUUUGUUGGUAUAUUUGCUUCAUCAUGGUUGGGUUCCACUGUUUUCUGGCUUGGAGAAUGGUUUAUAAAGCGAAUGCCCUUUAUGAAGCAUAUAUACUCAGCUUCCAAACAAAUUAGUGCUGCUGUUUCUCCAGAUCAAAACACUAACGCUUUUAAAGAGCUUGCGAUUAUUCGUCAUCCCCGUCUUGGUGAAUAUGCAUUUGGCUUUAUCACGUCUUCAGUUGUACUUCAGGGCAACAAUGGAAAUGAAGAGCUAUGCAGCGUUUAUGUCCCAACAAACCAUCUAUACAUCGGGGACAUAUUUCUUGUCAAUUCCAAGGAGAUAAUAAGACCGAAUUUAUCCAUUCGAGAAGGCAUAGAGAUCCUUGUUUCAGUUGGUAUGACAAUGCCACAAGUAAUUUCUCUUGUGGAUAGGGUUCCUCCACAGGGCAGUAGAUUCCUCUGAACAGAAUAUAAUAUGAAAAUACAUGGUACAGGUCUUUAACUGGUUAGACAAUUUCUUGAGCCGAGGCAACCCUCCAUUGUUUAUAAAGCAAAAGAGAUGCUUAUGGGAAUAGAAUUGGCAAUGGUUUGACCAACCAUCUGUAAAUACCUACGUUUUUUUUUUCUGAAAGAGUAUGGUAUGUACUUUUGUAAGUUAGCAAUCAGAUCCGACAUGCUACCUUAAGGUUUUAGUUUACAGUUACACUAUACAAAUGGCUUCUCUGCAUAGCGGAUCCAUUCAUAAACAUGAUGUUCAUUGUCAUGGAAAUUAAUCAGACCACCGUCUGUGCAAUUAGCUAUUAUUGUAUGCCAGCACCGCCUCUUUUUUAGUAGAAGAAAUUUGAGAUCCAA